UUUAAGACAGUGUGAACAUCUUACUUCCUGUUAAAUUUUUAUUAAAGAUAAUAGUUAUCCUGAUACAAGCGAGAUAUUGGCUCUUAUGGUACCUGCUGGAUGCACAUUUUAACUACAGCUGAUAUGUUAUUACUUUUAAUCAGUCACACAGCUGUUCUAUUGAGAGUUACAGCCCAACAUAACCUGACACCGUUCGGCACAUCUACUCAAAGUUCUACGUAUAAUAGUGGAAUUCCUCAAAAUGCUAUAAACCCUCCUGUAUCAAACGUGUUUUCCUUUGAUAUUUGUUCCCACACAGGCAUUUUCACCAGAACACCAGCUUGGUGGAUGUUUCAAUUCUCAUUCGGAAUUGCAUACAUCACAGAUAUAACAAUUAACUACAGAGAAAGCUUUUCCUUUCGCAUGGAUGGAUUUAAGUUAUAUGUGACUAAUACUUCAACAAUUCUACCUAAUGGUUAUCUUUGCUAUGAGGAUCCUGAUCCAGGUUUGCCAAACAUCACUCAGACUAUUCCUUGUAAUCAACUUGGACAAUAUGUCAUAUAUUACGAUACUAAAGGAGAUAGUAAUUAUGGACCUAUAAUUGAACUUUGUUACGUUGCCAUUAAUGGUUGCCGAAAGAGUUUUUGGGGAAGUAACUGCGAGAAAGUGUGUUCCGAAUAUUGCAUAGAACGACAUUGCUACCCUGGAAAUGGGUCUUGCAUUUGGGGUUGUAAAACUGAGUACUGUUUAAAUGAUAUUUGCAAUAAAUUUACCGGUAUUUGUACCGAUGGUUGCAAGGAAAGACGAACCGGAGACUUUUGUAACAAGUAUAACUUGGCAUAUGACAGUUCAGUCUUUAUAAAUCCAAAUGGUAGUUACCCAGGUAGUCUAGCAAAUGAUGGAAGUAAAAUAUCAUGUUCCAAAACAAAAGGUCCUUCCGUUACAUUUCAAGUUGACCUAAAAAAAGAAAGCAUUGUAACAGGAGUGCACGUAUUGUUUGGCGAAAAUACUACAAAGGUCGGUAGCCAUACUCUUUAUGCUUCAAAUACAAGCCAUUCUUGGAAAACUGGGACUAUUUUAUAUGAAGAACAAUUUUUGCCUACUAAAAUCAACGUUAGUGCCGUUUUCAGAUACUUGACUUAUGUACCUCCAGUUCAGGGUAAAUCUUCAGAACUUGAAAUUUGUGAAAUUGGAAUUAUUGGUUGUCCUCCUUCACGUUAUGGUCCUGUCUGUAAUAAGUUGUGUCCAGGGAAUUGUAACGGACCUUGUGACCUUGCAACUGGUAGCUGUACAUUUGGUUGUUUGAACGGAUGGACUGGUGAUAAGUGUGAACAAGAAUGUCAGGAUAGUAAAUACGGUAAAAAUUGUCUUGAAACAUGUUCAGCAAACUGUGUAAAUCCUCAAUGUAAUAAACUGACUGGAGAAUGCAUAGGAGGAUGCAAUGAUGGUUGGCAGGAAUUUGAAUGCACACGAAAAUGUCCAUUCGGUCAAUUUGGGAAAAACUGUUCUGAGUUUUGUGAAGGCUGUUUAUCACAGAUGUGUGAUCAUGUGAAUGGACUAUGUGAUAACUCAACUGCAUGUAGACCUGGAUAUGUGUACGAUGAGUACUGCAAUACUGCAUGCAGGGAUGGUUUAUAUGGUAGUAACUGUCUUCAGAUAUGCUCACCAUUUUGCUUGCAUGUACCUUGUGAUCGUAGAAUAGGAGAAUGCAUUGGUGGAUGCAUUCAUGGAUUACAGGGAUUCAAUUGUAUGCAAGUUUCUGUAAAUACAGUAGAAUGCAAUAACGAAGUCGCUACUUGGAUUGGAAUUUUUAGUGGAGGUGUUCUUUUUGGAAUUUUUAUGACAGUUGUUGUGUGUGUUGUAAUAAGAAAAAAACGGCAAUUACAGAAAAAGCAAAGCAAAGAUAAAGCAUCAACGAAAACACAGAGUCAUGAUCAGCAACAUUAUGACGAUGUUAGAAUGGAAAAUGUUUCUACAUAUCAAGAACUCAGGAAGGAUACAGAAUCAAAUGAAUAUGACCAGAUAAACACAGCAUACAUCAAUCACUAACUAGUUAACUAAUGAUUCAACAUUGAAAAAGCUAGUUUAUACAAAUGAGUACAUAUUUGUAAAACAGAUGAGAAAGAACACGAACUGAAAGAAACAUCGAAUACGUGCACUGUACUAUACAAAUAUGCAGUAUAUUUUAAAAUCAGGAACUUGAUCUACUCGAUAUUAUGAAUGUUGAUAAAUAGUUUGAAUUAUGUUUGCUGUAUUACAGGAUAUGUGCAUUUGUGUGUUUAAGUGUGUGUGUGUGUGUGUGUGUGUGUUUGUGAUGUGAGUGUGUGUCUUAUUCAAAUUUAUUUUGUUUUAUUUUUUUCAGUGUUUAGAUUUUCACUUUCGAAACUUGUAUGUUGUUUUUUUCAGUUAUGUAAGGAACUAAGUACUUAACAAUGAAAUAUGUCAUAUAAGUGUAAUGUCUCUGUUUCAUUUCUUAGUACUAAAUAAUUGCAAAACAAUAUCUGCUUCCAUAAUAAUGUUAA